AUGGAAACAAAUCCAUUCGUACAUCUCUUCAGAACAAUGGAUCAAAUUUCUCAGGAAAAGAGACAAUCUAUAGAUCUCACUUUGCGUUUAGUAGCUGAGGGGCCUCGGGAUCAAAGACGGUACAAUGCUCCAACUGCAAGUGAAAUAGCAGUUCUUAUUAUGAAUAAUGAAGAGGGUACUUCAAGAGACAUUGUGCUGCACACCAGAGCCAACUUCCAACAGAACAUCAAUGAGUACCACCGAUCUUAUGAUGCUUUACACUAUGUGCUACUCUUUCCACAUAGUGAAGAUGGUUGGACCAUUGAUGCCAGCUCAUUGUCAGGAGAGCAUGUUACAAUCUUUAUAGUAGAAUUCAGGAUGCUGUUAUCCAUAACGAUUGUAAUCUUGCAAAUCUUGGAAAGAGAGUUAUUCUUCCAUCUUCUUUUAUUGGUAGCCCCCGAUUCAAUGAGUAUUGUGCGUCGUUUUGGCAAGCCUGAUUUGUUCAUAACUUUCACUUGCAAUUCAAAGUGGCCAGAAAUCACAAAUUCCCUGUUGGCUGGGCAAAAAGCUAAUGACAGACCAGAUCUUUGUUCUCGGGUUUUCAAUAUGAAGCUCAAAGAGCUCAUGAUUGACCUUACAAAAAAAAUAUUCUGGGGAAAGUUUUGGCCUUUAUAUAUGUCAUUGAAUUCCAAAAGCGUGGACUUCCUCAUGCCCACAUUCUUUUGA